AUGAUCGUCAGAGUGACUUUACUCAGUGGCAAAGAAGCGACUCUUGAAGUCGACCCAAGUUGGACCAUCAAUGACUUGAAGCAAAGUGCACAGAUGGAGAUGGGUCUCGGCCUAGGCAAGCUGAUGAAUGACUGUGGAGAGGUUUUGCCCAAGACAGCUACAAUCUCUCAAGCCGGUGUCCAGGAUGGGGAGACACUAACCGCUACAGUUCGGCCAGAUGCCCUGCAGCUCGUUGCCUCAUGGCAGGCUUUCUCCGUCUUGAGAACUGAUGGAUCUGUGGUGUCCUGGGGCAACGCUGCUGCUGGUGGCGACAAUCGUGAUGUUCAAGAUCAAUUGCUUGAUGUCAAACAUGUCAAGGCCACUGCCAGUGCAUUUGCCGCGAUUCGAGGUGAUGGGACAGUUGUGGCGUGGGGUGACCCUGGUGCUGGAGGUGAUUGCAGCUCAGUUUUUCAGCAGUUGAGGGAGGUCACGGAGCUCCAGGCAUCUACCGCAGCUUUCGCAGCUAUUCGAAGCGAUGGGACGGUGGUAACAUGGGGGAAUCCUAUGAGUGGAGGGGACAGUGAGAGUGUUCGUGACGAUCUACGGGAAGUUCAAUCGAUUCAAGCAAAUUUUGAAGCGUUUGCUGCUCUCCGGCAAGAUGGAUCAGUUGUUACUUGGGGCAAUCCUAAUCAUGGUGGUGACAGCAGGAACGUCCAGGAUCAGCUUAGAGAUGUUCAAGCGAUUCAAGCAACUUCUUGCGCUUUUGCUGCUGUUCUUCAUAGUGGCUCUGUGGUCACCUGGGGCACUUCUCAUUUUGGUGGGCACUCUGGGGAUGUUGCGAAGCUGUUGAAGCGAGUGAAGCGGAUCCAAGCCAAUAUUGCAGCCUUCGCGGCCAUUUUGGAUGAUGGAUCAGUGGUGUGCUGGGGGAAUUCGCAAUUUGGCGGAAAGAGCAAUUCCGUCCAAGCACGGCUGAGAGAUGUCAAAGACAUCCAAUCAUCGGAAGCAGCCUUUGCUGCUAUCUUGGCAGAUGGUUCCCUAGUCACCUGGGGCAAUCCAAUGUGUGGUGGUGACAGCAGCUCCGUUUUUUUGAGCAGCCGCCGCGUCCAAGAGAUCCAAGCAUCAGGCAAUGACACCAUGGGUGCUUUUGCCGCGGUUUUGGAAGAUGGAUCUGUGGUGACUUGGGGAAGUCCCUCAUGCGGCGGCACCGUUCCCAGUCGCAUCCAACCACAGCUGACGGACGUCGCAAAGAUUCAGGCGACCCGAGCAGCGUUUGCAGCGCUCCGGGCAGAUGGCCAUGUGGUUUGCUGGGGUGAUUCUGCCUGUGGUGGUGACAGCAGGGCCUUACGAGGCCAACUGCGGAAUGUCAAAGAGAUCCAGGCGACACAGGAUGCUUUCGCGGCAAUUUUGGUGGAUGGAUCAGUUCUGAGUUGGGGCAAUGAUUACAAUGGUGGAGAUAGCAGCUAUGUCGAUUUGUAG